CCGGGCGCUCUCGGGGCUCCGGGCGGGAGGCGGCGGGCCGGGGCCGGGGCCGGGGCGGGAGUCCGCGCGCGGAGCCGCCCCGCCGCCGCCGCCGCCGCCGAUGACCUCCCGGGACCGCGUGGCCCAGGCCAAGUCGCGGGCGGAGCGCGCCCGGCCGCCCGCCGCGCCGCUGCCGCAGGUGGAGAUCGUGCCGGGGCGCCUGUCGGAGGCCGAGUGGCUCUCGCUGCUGUGCGCCGAGGAGGCCGAGGACGCCGUCGGGGACCUCCUGGCCGCCCUGCUCGAGCGGGCCUUGGCCCAGUGCGAGAAGGUCUACCUGGCGCGCCAGUGCGUCCCCUACGUCAUCGCGCAGGCGCGCGAAGCCCUGCUGCAGAUCCUGGAGUGGCGCUUCCUGGUGCGGGACGAGGGCCAGGCGGAGGUGCCGGCGGACCCCACGUGGCAGGAGGACGAGCCGCCCCGGGCCUGCAUCACGGACUCCUGGGCGCAGGGCUCGGUGCCCGUCCGGCAAGCCUCGCCGAGCCCGCAGGAGGGAGAGGUUCCCCCAGCCGGACCCCCAGAAGCAGCUGCUCUCCCCCCAGAGGUGGUUUGUGAUGCGGAGGGGCUGCCCCAGCAGCCCUCACGAGAAGGGGCCAAGCUCGCCAAGGAGCAGCUGGUGCCUCCCCUGGAAUCCUUGUCUCCGAUUCUGCCAAGCGUCUCUUCCAAGAGCAGGAAGACGAGCCGGGCCUUCGGCAGGCCUUCCUACAACAAGGCCAGCUUUCAGAGCAGUGAGGGGCUGCAGGGCGAGCCUGAGACGCAGCAGCUCCUCGCGGGGGAGUCCGCCCAGGUCCCCGUGAAGGAGAAGAAGCCCCACACCCCGCUGCCCAAGCUCUGCCCACUCUUGCCUCCUUCGUGCAGCAACCUGUUGCGCAUCCAGCUGGGUCGCCCGCCCAACAUCAAGGAUGUCCUCUAUGAUGAGUCUGGCAGUGUCACUGUGGUGCCCCGGCUAGACCCAGCUCGCCUGCCCAAGCGCUGGGUCAAGCCGUACGUGGAGGUCGUGGACCCAGACAUGGAGUCCCGACGACAGGAAGCUCUCAAGACUGUCUCGGGCCGCUGCAAGUACCCCAAGCCCCCUCGGGCUGGGGCAGACGCGGUCGACCUCAGCAGCCUCCAGCCUCACUGGACGCAGUGGGCAGUGCUGCGGGAUGGGGGGGCCAGGGCUUCCUGGAAGAGGCUCCCAGAGCAGGUGGCCCGCCCCCCUCCUCCCCCAGGGGGAGCUCUCGAGCCUACAAGCCUCAUCUUUGUAAAGCCCACCCUGCUGGUGGAGUCCAUCGAGCUGGCCCCAGGGGUGACCGUGACGGGCAGGGGCAGAGCCAGGCAGGGAAUCAGGUUCACUGCCCCUCAGGAGGAAAGGGAGAGCAUGCAUGGGGGGCUCAGGCCCCUGUCCCCUCAGGUGCCAUGCCUCCCCACUGUUGCGAUGGAGAAGGUUACAAAACACCCUCAAACCCUGCCCCAGAUGCCACCCGGAGCCAUGCUGCUGCCAGGACAUGAGUGCCCCUAAGCCUUGGCAGUCCUUGGCUCCCCCGCUGGCAUGGCCUCGUUCGUGAUGCUGUCACAUAUUCCUUGGGGCCAAAUACUCUUCCUCCAGCCCGGCCCUGGCAGAUGCCUUUCCACACGUGCUUUCCCCUAGUCCAGGAGAGGAGGGAGCUGGGGUGGGGGGCGGGGGGACGUGCCCGUUCAGAGCUAAGAAGCUAAGGAUUUGCCCAGUUAGAGUUAGAGUUGGCAUUUCGUGGCUCAGAAAAGUCUUGGGCCAUUGUUGGUCAAAUAUUGCCAGGCACAAGCCUAGAGUUUUAAAGUAUUAACUCUAAGUAGAUUAAGAAAAGAAUCACCAACUUUGAUAUUUAUGCUAUUUACGAAAAUAAAUUUAUGUGGCUUUUCUUUUUGA